GUCUGUCCCCCCCAAUGACUAGCAAGACAUCAUUGCCUCAAGACUGGCACAUUCCAUCAAGGGCCCUGGGUGUCAGUCCAAGAACGGUGGGGGUCAUACUGGUGCAGUUCCUGUUGCUGAUCUUCUAUAGCAGCUGCGUGUUUCUGUUCAUCGGUACUUGUGUGUUGGGACUGUGCAUCAGCAGUGUGUUCCCCUCCAUGCUGGCAUUUACAGAAGACACACUGGACUACAAAGGCUGUGCCACAACUGUCCUGGUGACCAGUGCCAGCACAGGAGAGAUGAUGCUGCAGCUGCUUGUUGGAUCUGUAAUCCACAGUCAGGGCAGUUACGCUUUCCUGUUGUGUUGUACAAUAGCUUCAUUCAUCGGUUUCUGUCUCUUCCUGCUUUUCCUCUAUGUCCAGCACGUCCACAGAAACUGCCAAACAGAUUCAUCUAAAGACACUGACAUGGAAGAGAAGCCAAAGACAGGAGGCUCCUGAUCUGAGGGUGAGGACCCGAUGGCUCUGCUGAGGUCUCUGACCUUUUACCCCAGUGUCUGAGGUUUAUCCUGGCCUCCUCCAAGUGAACAUUUCUGACCUAAAGAGAAGUCUACUUUGAAGCCUGAUGAUCAACAAGCAGCUCUGCUUGACUUAAUUUUUGGGACAAUCAUCUCUUGUUGCACAUUUGAAUUCUGCUGUAGGUAGCUUGUAAAAGACACUUUAAUGAUUAAACAUUGCCUUUUCAGUGUGAAUGGGAAUGGAAGUAAAAGUGUGUGUGAUAUCUGCUCUGUGACACCUGCAAUAUAUCUGGUUGCUACUGUUGUGUAACUGUGACUCAGAUCAGACUCUGUAAGUCCUACUGUUUGUGAUUUCCUGUUGGCUGGAUGGAGCCACCGGACCUUAAUAACACAUGAUGAUGGAAUACAGAGA